GUACGAGGUGACCGGAGCCAUGUUCCUGUGCGCCUCACCCGUGUCGGCGGCGGUCGCCCUCACCAUCCUCUUGUAGCUCAUUCCUUCCUUGUGAUUAGUAAUGCUCGAAUAUGGAGAUUUGCUAAAGGCUGCUACAAGCAAUAGCCUGUUGGACCAAGUUAUCACAAGUCGAAGAAGAACUCCCGAGACCCUCUCCAAGUAUGCUCCAGGUAUCCAGGUAAAAUGGCCUGCAAGAUAGAUGGAUGAUGGAGUCGGAUGGGUUCCAGUUAGUGUGUAAAAGAAAAGCUGCAAGAAGAAGGAAACUCCUUAAGACAGUUAAUGAUGGUGAUGACGGCCUUAAUUUAAGCCAAGAAAAUGUAAACAAAUGUGUUGGGAAAAUUUUUGAAGCAAAACUUGUUCUUCAAUCAAGUGAAGGAUUUAUUGACUUCAAAAAUAAUUUGAAAAAUAUUACCACACUAUCACAGACUCAAGGAGAAAAGUGCAAUAUUUCCUCUGUGGUUUGCUACGGUCUAGGCUUACCCUCUUCUAGUAGGAUUGCCAAAUACCAAACAGCAUUGCUUCUACUCCUCAGAGAUCAUUUCUGUGUUGAAGCUGAAAUUUAUGACCCUUUACUUACCAAAGUGGAUACCAGAGUGCUGCAAGAGCUCAAGCUGCAUGUCCUAACCAAAAAUGAGGAGGGAAAGAGAUAUGUGAAAAGAGCAACAGUAUUUUUUAUGCCACAUUGUGGAAAAGAAUUGUAUAAUAAUCUCCUGUGGGCAAAUUGGAAUCCAGUAUCGCUACCAUUAUGCAUCAUCAUUGGCAACAGUUUCAGUAGCAUUGUACAGAAUGUACCAUCACAAAUGCUGAAAGAACAUUAUAAAUUUAUAUAUCUUGCUGAAGGUUUGUGUAAAGAAUAUCCCUUGAAAACAUUAGUAGAGUAUGAUGACAUAUUUAAUGAAACGAGUAUUCACGUUAUAUCCGAAGAUAUUGUCAGUAAAAAGGAAGAUAACUUUUGGUGUGAAAAAUGUGAACCGCAAUAUGAUGAAUGCAAUGUAGCGAUUAUCAGAGUGAAAGUUGAUGAGCCGGCAGCAAAGUUGUGCUAAAAUGAUCAUAAGAAUGAUUUGUGUAUGUAUUCAUAGAUAUAAAUACAUUUAAGUGCAUAUAUAUAUAUAUUUGUAAAAUAGCUAUAAGGUUUUAACACUUAAUAAACAUGAACUUAUUCAGAAAACUAUGGACAUGUUUUAUCUUUGCUGUUACUGUCUUGAAUGGUUAUACAUAUUCAUCUCAUUGUAAUAAGGGCUUCUUCAAAUUAGGGCAAGCUACAGAAUGUCAUCCAUGGCUUACUUGUGAAGAUAUUAUUGAUUUAGAAAGCAACAAUUUAAUUGGUUUUGGGGCUGUGAAACAGGUUUACCAAUCAACAUGGCAAAAUAAUGCAAUAGCUAUUGUUCACAUAAAUAAUAGAGAUUACCUAAGUGAUUUUUUGUAUGGCUUUGAAAUGUUAAAGUCACUUGGACCUAGUAAAUACAUUGUUCAGUUAAUUGGCUUUUGUCUAAAAGAUUUUGUUUACUUGACUGAAUAUCAUCCUCUAGGUAAUAGUAUUAACAUAAAUAAAAUAUUUCUUAAUGAUAAUAUGUUAGCUCUAAGACAAAGAUUUGAGUUAUGUAUCAAUUACGUGAAGAUUCUUGAAUUUUUACAUAAUAGUCCUUUAGGAACACGAGUUAUGUGUGACUCAAGUACAUUAAAUAAGACUCUUGAACAGUAUCUAAUAAGCUCAUCAUUAAAUCUUAUUUUAAAUGAUGUCGAUGCUCUACCAGAAGUUGGACACGAGGGCAUUAUCUGUGGUCACAAGGAGCUCCAAGGUAGCUUUGUAGCACCAGAGCAACGGUGGCCAUACUCUAUGCAAGUUUAUGAUGAAAAAAAAAUGGUACCGUAUGAUGAGAAAGUUGAUAUAUGGAAAAUUCCUGCAGUUUGUAAUUACUACUUAGGGAAGAGUGAAGGUGCUAAAGCUUUCAGAUACCAUGUUUAUCCCAUCCAUAAACAGUGUAGAGAAAAGCUGCCAAGAAAUCGACCAUCUGCUAGUGAAGUGUUGCAGUUUUAUGAGAGUUUGCUUCGGGAAUAUUUCAGAGCUGAAUUGACGAAUGUGAAAGAAGAACUUUAAUCUUUUUUAGAUGCUUCGUGUACUAGAUCAUAAAAAUAUACAUACUGAA